AUGAAGCUUGAUCCUAAUGACCGCAAGCAGCCGCCUGUCCCCGACACUGUCUCGUUGAUUGGACCCAAGUGCCUCCUCCCCACUGCCAUCACGUCUGCCAUGACGACCGAGCAGCUCGACGCUUACAUGACCACGGCCAUCAAGACGAUUCCAAAAUACCAACCACUACCAGGCUACCGCCGCCCGACCUCAUUCAGCAUAAAGGUCUACGUGCCUGUCAACGACUACCCGGGUGUUAACUUCAUUGGCCAGAUCCUCGACCCUCGCGGCAGCAGCCUCAGAACCCUCAACACGAAGUCCGGCGCCUCUAUCGCCCUCCACGGCAAGGGAUCCGUCAAGGAAGGCCGUGGACAGGUCUCUCGCUCGAGGGCCGCUGCCGACCAUCUCGGCGAGUCCCUUCACUGCCCCGUCACCCCCUCCCUCGCCGGCAGAGUCAACAGGGCCAAGGAGCUGAUCCAAGUCGUCAUUGCCACUGCCGCGUCAACCCUGGAGCACGAGAAUGACAGGAAGCGCCAGCAGCUUCGGGACUUGGCCAUGAUCAACGAGAACUGGGCUCGCAGAAAAGUCGCCUCAUACCUUGGAGCACCGCCCAGCUUCACUCGACGAACCCUCGACUACUUCAUCAGAGCACAAGGCUCAGCCCCACCAGGCGCGGGUGCCAUCAGCGUCUCCAAGCGGGCCACCUGA